UAUUUCAUCUUAGGUAGAAUAAUUUUUGGGUUACUGAAUUUUACGGUCUAUACACUUCAGGAAUGUAAUAAAGUUUACAUACUUGUGGAUAGAACAGUGAAAAUAAAUUUGAGUAUUUACAAUUUAUAUUCAAGCAGGAUAUUACCACUGAUUAAUAAUGGAUGUCCCCGGUAAAAAGGCAUCUCAGAAAUUCUCAUCUACACUAUCUCAAGGUGGUGCUGAAGAUUUUGACAUUUAUUGUGAAAUAUGUGACAGAGCUGAUAUCAGGCUUCCUGCCUUUGGUUACUGUGUAGAUUGUGAGGAACACUUAUGUCAAUCCUGUUUCAAAACUCACAUACUACCAAAACCACUACGCCAUCACCAACUUUUAGAUAAAGAUCACAUGCCACACAAACAAGAACUCCAAAGAUCAUCAAAAUUUACUUCCAGUUCACAGACUGGUAAUCUUACAAAGCCUUGUUCUAAACACACCAAAGAAGUGAUCAAAUUCUACUGUCAUGACCAUAAUGCUCUUUUAUGUAGUGUUUGUGUGACCCUUGAACACACACCAACAUCCUGUCAUGUGGACUACAUACCUGAUAUAUCAGGGCAGAUUUUAGACAGCACCGAGUUCAAGGAAACUCUGAAAGAUACUGAUAAAUUGACAAACAAAUGCUCCCAGAUUACAAGUGGCCUGAAACAAAGAGUUGCGAAAUCAACAACUUCUCUUAAAGAUGCUAUAGCAAAAAUCGAAAACUAUAGAAAAAAGAUAAACAAGAGAUUAGAUGAACUAGAAAAGGAGGUAAAAGAUGCUGCUUUUACAAUCCAACAUGACAACAACAAGAAGUUGAGAACAACAGAAACAACAUGUGAUGACAUUGACAAAGAACUUCAAGCAUCAGCUGAUACUCUAAAACAUCUCAAUGCAAACAAGAAAACUGACCAAUUGUUUACUGAACUUAAGAUAGCUCAACAACUGAUUCAAGAUAAUAACAAUAUAAUAUCACAACUACCGACAAUCAAUGACAUAGAUGAGUACAUCUUUGAACCAAAUCAAGCUAUCAAGAAAGUCAUUCAGGAUGAGAAAUCAUUGGGAACAUUGGGCAGUAAGAAGCUAAAGCAGCCAGCUGAACCAAAGAAUCAAGGUGCAGUAGCAAUGGAAUUGUCUACCCAUAGACGAAUUUAUGCUAAAACAUCCUCGGGUGAAAAGAAUUGUUGGAUUUCUGGUAUAGCUGUUUCUCCUCAAAAUCAAUUAUUUGCUGCAGAUUACUAUAAUGACUCUUUUAAAAUGAUAGACAUCAAUAGUGGAACAAUAAAACAACUAAAACUUGGCUCAAAACCCUGGGAUAUCACCAUGGUCACCACAGAUUCCCUUGCUGUUACAUUACCAGACAGUAAAACAAUACAGUUCAUUUCCUUCUCCCCAGACUCACUCUCACUGAAGAAUAAACUGAAGGUAGAUGGAGAGUGUUAUGGUAUCAGUCAUCAUCAGGGAAAACUUGCAGUCACAUUUGCAAAUCCUGGUAAACUCCAAAUCAUGGACUUGAAAGAAAAUACUGAAGUUACAGUUGAAGAAGAUUCCAAUGGUUACAAUAUUUUCGGGAAACCUUGGUAUGUCACAACAAACAGUCAUUCAAUCUAUAUAUCCGAUGAUAGUAAUGAUGAAGUUCUACGAUUUAACUGGCAGGGAGAGAUGAUAAGAGCAGUAGGAAUUAGACGACCAAGGGGUAUAACACUAUUAGAUGAUGGGUCUCUCUUAGUGAAUGGUUACGCAACUAAUUGUAUAUAUAGAGUAAGUGGUGAAUGUAAAGACAGUAAAAUUAUACUGAAGGAUGUAGAUAGACCUUAUGCUGCAUGUUGGUGUGCUGAAACUAGUACACUUUGUGUUAGUAGCUUUAUGGAGGACAGUGGUGACAAUUAUAUCAAAGUGUAUAAAAUGAUGUAAAAGACAUGAAAUGAUAUGACAUGUCACUAACUAUGGGAUAAACACAUCAGAUCAUUAUCAUUCAUUCAAUAUUUAAUUAUAGAAAUUAUUGUAACAUGAUAUAACACAUAACUUUAGUCCUGUUGAUUUAUAGAUAUACAGAUGUGUUAUUAUUUUCAUAAUAUAAAUAAGAUGUUUAAUAUUUAUAUAUACAACAUUUAUUUUUAUUUUUCAUUUUUAUCACUUAACAUAAAGGUGAAGUAUAAUUCUUCAAUGAUCAAUUUUAGAAUUUAUGUGAUAUAAAGGAUAAUUAUUUUUUAUUGAUGUAUUCUUACACAGCAAUAGAAUUUUACAAAAAAUAAAGAAGAUGUAAUAUUGAUUGUGAUUUUGUGAAAAUUUAAGAUUAAGUUAUUGCACUAAAUAUAUGUGACUAAAGAAGUGACUGAAAAAAUGCAGAACAUAUCAAUGUAGAUCUAAAUUAAGUAUUACAUAUCAAGUUUUGUACAUAAUCAUCAUGAAAAUGUCAAUAAAAUAAUCUUAUAAUUGUUAUUUUGUAUAGCAUAUUGUUUGUUUAUAGUCAUCAUUUCAUGGUACAAACACAA